CGUAAAUGUUUCAAGUACAAAAUCAUUGAACGUAUCAUCAUCAAGCUCUCACUGGUAUUAGCGUUAGAGUCUCUCUCUUCCCUUUAUUGGCUUUGUUGGGGAAAUUAUGGCGCGAAGAUGACGACGUUUAUGUGGACAUCUAACGUGGUAAAAGCCUUGAUUAAUGCGCCUCUCUCUCUCUUUAAUUUUACUCCUUUUUUUAACCUUUUUCUUUUAAUUUUCAAAUUAUUUUUCCGCCACUGGGUGACUAAUCAAGAACAAAUACUUUCCCGCCAUAAAUCAUCCCCCGUAGUUUAUAAACAAGAUCUCUCUCUCACCCUUUCAUGGCGGAGCCGAUCCGUCUGUUUCCCUAGUGAUCAUGUUUCACUAUCAGAGAGUUGAUUGAGUCGAUAAUGAGUGACUUCGACCUCGGAACGACCCAGAGGAUGACGACUGAGACACACCGAACAACGAUGUUUCUUGAUCUUCUCCGCUGGCAGAUGAGCGUUGCCGAUCGUCGCACCAGGAGGAAGCGGACUCUUAGAGAACGGUUGAGACUCAAAUGCAUCGCAUGCUGUGGCCCCACCCUCGACAACACUACUCUCCACAGUCCAACCUCUAGAGAAGACGAAAUCGAAGAUUUUCAAAGCGAAAUCCGGUUUGUUACCGGGUCAGGCACUGGAUCGGGUUCGGGUACGAAUUUUGCGGCGGCUUUAGAGGCGGAGAGAUAUAACUGGGGAGAACCGGCGGUUGAUAUGACGUCGAGGAGAGUGUCGUUGAUGAGUUUGCUCGAUGAGACGGUAGAGAGAGUGGACGAUGACGGGAGAGAAACGGAGUUAUCGACGGCGUCGAUAGGGACGUUGACGGGUAAUGAUGAUUCGGUGUGCUGCGUGUGUAUGGGAAGAAAGAAAGGCGCUGCGUUUAUCUCUUGUGGACACACUUUUUGCAGAAUUUGCUCAAGAGAACUCUGGCUGAACCGUGGCUCGUGUCCUCUUUGCAACCGUCUGAUCAUCGAGAUCCUUGACAUAUUUUGAAGCCGAUCGAAUGGCUGUGAGUUCUCGAUCAACACAAAGUUUUUACAGCUUGGUACAUCUCGUUUGUUAUUGAAAAAUGAUGUAAAUUGAAAAAAAAAAAUACAAGAGAUUCUGUUCACAAGGCC